AUGUCGGCGUCGGCGUCGAGCGCCGCGUGCCGCGUAUGCGGUGGCGGCGUAGGGGAGUGCGCGUGCCACCAAGGCCAUGGGAUCUGCGGCGGCGCGCGGUGCGGGGUCGCUGUCGCGGACCUCAACCGCGGGUUUCCCGGGAUGUGGCACCAGCCGGAGGAGGAACAACCCAGCGUCGUCGGCAGCGGCGCGGCGGAGGCGGCGGCGGGGCUGCAUGAGUUCCAGUUCUUCGGCCACGACGAGGACCACGACAGCGUGACGUGGCUGUUCAACGACCCCGCGCCCCACCUGCACCGCGGCCCAGCGGCGGCGGCCGCGGUCGGGAACGGGGUGGCCAAGGCUGCAGAGCAGCGGAGAGCGCCGCCGCCGUUGUUCGACGGGUACGCGCACGCGCACGGGCAGUACGGACAGCUGCCGGGUCACGGGCUCACGUUCGACGUGCCGCUGAGCCGGGGCGGCGACAUGGCCUCCGCGGCGGUGCUGGAGGCAGGGCUGGGCCUAGGCGGUGGUGGCAGCGGCAAUCCGGCGACGACGUCCAGCGCCACAAUCAUGUCCUUCUGCGGGAGCACGUUCACUGACGCGGCGAGCGCCGUCCCGGGCGACGCGGCUGCUGCAGCGGCCAACGGCGGCAGCGCGAGCGGUGCCGACCCGGCGGUGGAUCGGGAGGCGAAGGUGAUGCGAUACAAGGAGAAGCGGAAGAGGAGGCGCUACGAGAAGCAGAUUCGGUACGCCUCCCGCAAGGCCUAUGCAGAGAUGCGGCCGCGCGUCAAGGGCCGGUUCGCCAAGGUGCCCGACGGUGAGGCUCCGGCGCCACCAGCGCCGGCCGCAGCAGGCUACGAACCAGGCCGGCUCGACCUCGGAUGGUUCCGUUUAUAG